GCUACUAUCUGGUUCAUGGGAGGUAAUGUCUUUGAUUAUGUCCACGGAUUCUAUAAAAAAGAAUCAUUGCAAAAAGCAUAUGGACAGAGUGUGCAUCCUAUGCCUAGUCCAGAUAUGUGGCCUCAGACAGGACUCAACCCAAUUGAUCCACCACCUGAGACGAAGCUGCCUGGAAGACCUAAGAAAGCUAGGAGAAGGGAGACAGAUGAACCUCCACCUGCUUUAAAGAAAGCUCGAAGAACUGGACAAGUUAAAACAUGCAGCAAUUGUCUGAAAACAGGCCAUAGGAGAGAAACAUGCAAAUCUGCUAAGGUGGUGGUUGAGAAUCGUGUGGUCAAAAAGCGAGGUCGUCCACCACUGCAGAACCCAACUGAAUCCACACUUUUAAGGAAGGAAAGAAGACUGAAACAGCAUGCUAAAGGAGGAACUAGUGGUGCAACCAAUGCUCAACCCGAUACUGUCUGACUGGAAGGAGGAGUUUCAUCUUUUGAUUUUAUUUUGAACUAGUGGUUGAAUCUUGUAUUUUGGUGUCUGUUAUGUUGACCAUUUUAGAGUCAUGUAUUUUGGUGUCUGUUUUUUGAGUCAUGACAGGGUCAUGCUGGCCAUGAUAUUGGUCAUGUACAGAUCAGAUACAUUUGGCUUUUUAGGCCUAUAUUUUUGUACCUAUCUCUUAUGGUAAUACAUAUUUACAGAUCAGAUCAGAUCA